AUGCAGGUCCACAGCCGUUACUGUCAAGCGUGCAUAGUGCAUGUUUUCAAAUGCCGAAGAGAAAAGAUCACCGCCAACUUCAUGGCCCACAACAUGGCCGACGCGGCGAAAACGGAGCCGCCGUAUACUAUCUUCACGCACGGCCGCCGCUUGCUCUUGCUUGUUCUUUUGUCCUUGGUCGGUUUCUGGAGCGCCAUCUCCAACUCCAUCUACUACCCUGCGCUCCCAGUGAUUUCGCAAGAGUUCCACGAGACACUGGAGAUGGUCAAUCUCUCCUUGGUGGCGUACCUUCUCUGCCAGGGCAUUGCGCCCACGUUCACGUCGAACUUUGCCGAUUCUUUCGGCCGCCGCCCGACCAUCGUCGCCUGUUUUCUCGUGUACAUUGGCGCCUGCGUCGGCCUCUCGCAAGCGCGGGCGUACUGGGUGUUCCUUUUGCUCCGGUGCGUCCAGGCGGGCGGCAUAGCGCCGGUGAUCGCCAUCAACGCCGGCAUUUCGGGCGACGUGUGCACGCCCGCCGACCGAGGCGGCUUUGUGGGCAUCGUCACCGGAACCCUUUUGGUCGGACAAGCGUUCGGGUCGCUUUUGGGCUCGGCCAUCCUCAGCCGCUGGUCGUGGCCCGCCAUCUUCGCCUUUCUUGCCAUCGGCCUGGGCGCCACGCUCGUGCUUCUUCUCUUUCUGCUCACAGAAACGUGCCGCGCCAUCGUGGGCAACGGGUCCGUGUGGCCGGGCUUUUUGCACCGGGCGCCCGUGCUCUACCUCCCCUCCUUCCGCCGCCACAUGAACCACGCCACACAUACAAAGACGGCGCACCGCCCGGUCGAGCUCGCGGCGCCGUUUCUUGUGUUCUCGUCCUUCCGGCUGUCGGCGGCGCUUGUGACCGCGGGCGUGCAGUUUUCCGCCUGGACCAUGUCGCUCACGACGCUUCUGACGGAGCUCGAAACCCGCUUCGGCUACUCCAAGCUCCACACGGGGCUCAUGUAUCUUCCGCAAGGCUUGUGCUGCUUGGUGGCGUCGUUUGGCACGGGCCAGGCGCUCAAUGUCUACUACAAGUUCCGCAAGCUGCGGGCGGGCGACGGCGGCUUCGACCGGGUCCGUGCCCGGCUCGACUGCUCGGUGUUGCCGCUUGUGUUUUCUGUGGUGGGGCUUUUGCUUUUCGGCUGGGCGUUGCAGAGCGCCCGCAACGUGGCGUCUGCGGUGGUCGGAACGUGUUUCUUGUCGCUCGGCAGCGCCUGUAUCAUCGCCAUUGUCACCACGAUGAUGGUGGAUUUGCGCCCGGAAAACGGGUCUGCGGCCACCAGCGCGGUCAACUUGGUCCGGUGUUCCAUGGCCGCUGUUGGCGUGGCGGUUUUGGACUACAUGGUGCGGCGCAUGGGCGUCGGAGGAUGCUACUCGUUUAUGGCGGGGCUCUGUGUGGCUUCGGCGAUGCUUUUGGUGUUUGCGGUUUACCGGCACAACCGGGAGGAACGAGUCAAAGAUAGAUUGGAUAAUGAAAGUAUGGCGAUGGAAUAG